AUAAGAUUCCUAUAUAUAUUUAGAAAAAAGAAAACGUGUAAUUUAAAAUUUGAUUUGUAUAAAUUUACAAAAAAUUCUGAAAUCAAUAUAUUAUAAGUUUCAAACUUCAGGUGGUCUCUGUGUUGAACAAAAUUGAACUACAUACUUAUCACCAAAUUUCAACAAGGCUCUGAUAAUCGAAUUAGAAAAGAAAAUGGGGGACAAGCAUGAUGACAAAGGACUGUUUUCUCAUCUUGCUGGAUAUGCUAUGGGUGGUCACCACGGAGGCUAUGGCCACGGGGCAUAUCCACCUCAAGGAUAUGGAUAUCCACCACAAGGGUACCCGCCUUCCGGCUAUCCUCCUCACGGUGGAUAUCCACCAGCAGGAUAUCCUUCUCCUCACGCUGGAUACCCACCACCUGCAUAUCCUCCACAUGGUGGAUAUCCGCCUCCUGGUUAUCCUACCGCCCACUAUCCUGGUCCAUCACCUUCACAUCAUGGGCAUGGACCUCAUAUGGGUAUGGGAGGAAUGUUAGCUGGUGGUGCAGCAGCAGCUGCUGCUGCAUAUGGAGCUCACCAUCUCGUGCAUGGUCAUCAUCGUCCUUAUGGCCAUUUCGGCCAUCAUGGCAAGUUUAAGCACGGAAAAUUCAAGCACGGAAAGUUUGGCAGGCGCUGGAAAAGCCAUGGCAUGUUUGGCAGGCACAAGUUUGGCAAGAGAUGGAAGUGAUUCAUUGCCCAAAGUUACAGGAUUGCUGCUAUUAGUUAAUUCUUGCUUGUUAUUUUUCUGUUGACGAUAGAUUUCUGGUUCAUUUUGGGUGUCUAUUCACUGAUAUAUGUGUAUUAUCAACACUCAAUAUGGUUUCGUGUAUUAAUAACUCUCAGUUGAAGUUGAUGACUUACUGCGAGGUGUCAUUCAUAUUAUUA